GAGUUUUUUAACGUGAUCUCCUGGAGUUUAGAUCGUCGGCAUCGUCGGUAAUCGUCGGCACUUGCUCUAAAAAUGAGGAACGCUCUCUAGCAGAAGGUGAAUCGAUUGUACUGACGAACGCUCAUGAACUUCCUACGAUAGGAAUUUUCUCUACUGAGUUUUCUCAACGCUAGCGCUGGCUUCUUGGACAUGACGUGCCGUGUGCUCGUACAUUCAUUCGCACCGUAAUCACAGUCGGAACAGUUCUGGGGGCGAGUCGUUUUGUAUUUUUUCCGAGUGCUUCAUCGACAACAGUUUCAAUUUCUCUCUCAAUCGUGCCGGUUAAUUGAGUGCGUUCAAAUCGAGUGCGUGAAAAUUCAGUGCAUUCAACUUUCCGGAGGGUGUAGGCCACGACGCCAGAAAACUUUGGUGGAAAAGUUCGGAAUCCGCAUUUUCAGAAACUGAAGAUUCAAAUGACUUAGGGGCGACUCUGAGCCCCGACUAUUACGUGAUGGACAACGAGGACAGUGCCGGUAGGCAACAAAGGGCUACACGUGUCUUCAAAAAAUCUAGUCCCAAUGGAAAAAUUACAGUUUAUAUUGGAAAAAGAGAUUUUGUGGAUCACAUAACACAUGUGGAUCCCAUUGAUGGAGUGGUGCUAAUAGAUCCUGACUAUGUGAAGGAUCGGAAAGUCUAUGGCCACGUUCUGGCCAUGUUUAAAUACGGAAGGGAGGAUUUGGACGUUCUGGGUCUUUCGUUUAAGAAGGACCUUUAUGUCGCAGUCGAUCAAAUUUACCCGGUACUUCCCAAAUCAGAACCACCGAGACCCUUGACGAGGUUACAGGAUCGUCUUCUUAGAAAAUUAGGAAGCAAUGCAUAUCCCUUUUAUUUCGAAUUACCACCACAUUAUCCAGCGUCGGUCACGUUGCAACCCGCACCUGGCGACACUGGAAAACCUUGCGGCGUUGAUUACGAGCUAAUGGCUUUCGUCGGUGAAUCGCAAGAUUGUAGAAUACGUCCACGCAACUCGGUGAAACUCGCAAUACGAAAAAUAAUGUACGCGCCGUCCAGACAAGGCGAACAGCCAUCAACCGAAGUUAGCAGAGAAUUUUUAAUGUCGCCAAGCAGGUUACACAUGGAGGUAUCACUGGACAAGGAACUCUACCAUCACGGUGAAACAAUCUCUGUGAAUGUUUACAUAGCUAAUAACAGCAAUCGAACUGUGAAAAAAAUCAAGGUGUCAGUUAGGCAAAUUGCGGACAUCUGCCUUUUUUCUACGGCGACUUACAAGUGCACUGUAGCAGAAGUCGAAAGCGAGGAGGGCUGCCCAGUUGGUCCAGGAUUUACGCUGAGCAAAGUGUUUUCUCUGAGACCUCUUCUUGACAACAACAAAAACAAAUUUGGGCUUGCCCUCGAUGGUCAGCUCAAGCACGAAGACACCAAUUUGGCGUCCAGCACGCUUUUGACAGACUCGUCGCAGCGUGAAAAUCUGGGGAUUAUCGUCCAGUACAAAGUGAAAGUGAAACUUUGCCUUGGAGCAUUAGCAGGAGAGCUGAUUGCUGAGCUGCCAUUCACAUUGAUGCAUCCGAAACCUGAGGAAGAAGAACCCGAGAGAAUACCUGUGGAACAGCCAAGUCCAGCGCAUAACAACAAUGCAAACGCCAGGGAUGAAAACCUCAUUCAGUUGGACGCUGAAGGCGAAGGGGAUGACGACAUAAUAUUUGAAGAUUUUGCGCGUCUGAGGCUGAAAGGAGAAGUAGAUGCCUGACCAAACAAGCUGAACGGUUGUACCUGCACGGCACGAUAAAGCGUGCUCUCUUUCUCUCCCUUACUUUAAAAUCAAUGUCUCGAUACUAGAAUUCAACGACUAUUCGAGAUUCUGACUUAAAAAGCUCAGAAUUGACAUCGGCUUAGGUAAUCUGAUUCCGAGUCAGUAAAGGCGGCAAUCGAAGCCUUUAAUUGCCAUCCCAGGAAAGACGAAAUCAUUCAGAAGGACAAAGUAUUCCUCCUGGCACGAACACAUUUUAUUCAAGAUUCUCGAACUAGACUUCUUAGAUUUCUCUCACUGAAGUUCCAGUUCAGAUAUCAAAAUCAGACAAAAUAUCAGUUGCGCGGAAUCAUCUUGCAUAUUAAUUCUUUAAUCAGGGCUUUCCCUUGCGCGUUUCAGAUUACUUCAAAGUAUUGUUGUUUCGUCAGCAUCUUUUAAAAUGUUUUGUUCGUUUCAUGUUUUAAAUAAUUUUUUAAUACAAAAAUUAAAAAUGUUUGCAUAUUUGAAGUCUUUCUAAGACUAUAAACUUCGCGGCAAGGCCUCUAUGGAAUUUGAAGUUGGUACUCUCGCUGGAAGCGAUUGAGGGAUUUUAUUCGUGGCAAGUGUUGCCAAAGUCCAAGUGGAAAUACACCCACAUUUGAACUGGAUUAAAGUUGAAAAUUUUGUAAGUAGUUGCGUGCUGUGCUUCAUUUGCCCAAGUUCUAGUUUAUUUAGAAGUUUACGAGCAAACUCGAAGCUCUUCAAUUAGAAAGAACAGUGUUUCGAAACAUUGCCGAAAAACAAACUUUAAUGCUACGAAAAUUGUUUUUCAAGUCGAUAGUUGUAAAAUGAAAUGCAAAGAUGUGUAAAGCCGUUA